AAUAAUAUUUGUUAAUUUUCCUUUGAUUUUCCUAAAUACGCGUAUUGAGGAGUUAUAUAAGUCAAAGCGUACAUCUCAAGAAACAAAAAAAAAACAGACCUAACAUUCCAAAGAAGAGAAAGAAUGGGUUACAAAGUCGCUAGAGCAUCGGAGUAUCUUGCCAUCACUGGUGGUGGUAUCAAAGACAUCAAGCUUGCCAAGAAGUCUUGGGUGCUUCCAUGGCAGUCCUGCACCGUCUUCGAUGUUUCUCCGGUCAACUACACGUUCGAGGUCCAGGCCAUGAGUUCCGAGAAGCUCCCUUUUAUUCUCCCCGCCGUUUUUACAAUCGGUCCACGCGUUGAUGACGCUCACGCUCUCUUGUUGUACGCCAUGCUUAUGUCUCAGCACGAUAAGCACUCGAAUCACGUCAACGAGCUUGUUCAGGGUGUUAUCGAGGGAGAGACUCGUGUUCUUGUUGCUUCCAUGACCAUGGAAGAGGUCUUCAAAGGUACAAAGGAGUUCAAGAAGGAAGUAUUUGAGAAGGUCCAACUUGAGCUAAACCAGUUUGGUCUUGUGAUCUACAACGCCAAUGUCAAGCAGCUCGUUGAUGUGCCUGGACAUGAGUACUUCUCUUAUUUGGGUCAGAAGACUCAGAUGGAAGCAGCUAACCAAGCCAAGAUCGAUGUAGCAGAGGCAAAGAUGAAGGGAGAAGUUGGUGCCAAAGAACGUACCGGGCUCACCAUCCAGAAUGCAGCAAAGAUUGACGCUGAGUCAAAGAUCAUCUCCACUCAGAGGCUUGGAGAAGGAACAAAAGAAGAGAUCAAGGUCAAGACUGAGGUCCAGGUGUUUCAGAAUGAGAAGGCGGCUCUUGUUGCUCAGGCUGAUGCAGCACUUGCGAUUCAGAAGGCUGAUUUGACCAAAAGCUCUCGUGUGGCUGAGGUUGAAGCUGCCAAGGCAGUUGCUAUGAGGGAAGCUGAGCUUCAAACUCAAGUUGAGAAAAUGAAUGCUUUGACUCGGACAGAGAAGCUCAAAGCUGAGUUCCUCAGCAAAGCCACUGUUGAAUAUGAGACCAAGGUGCAAGAAGCAAACUGGGAGUUAUACGACAAGCAAAAGAAAGCAGAAGCUGUUCUUUACGAGAAGCAGAAGCAAGCGGAGGCGACCAAAGCUGCAGCUGAUGCAGCCUUCUAUGCUAAACAGAGAGAAGCAGAGGGACUUGUCGCUAUGGCCAAUGCUCAAGGGACUUAUAUCAAAACCCUCCUAGGCGCAGUUGACAACAACUACUCAGCAAUGAGGGAUUUCUUGAUGAUCAACAAUGGAAUUUAUCAAGAUAUCGCCAAGACCAAUGCUGUGGCCAUCAGGGACUUGCAGCCUAAGAUCAGUGUGUGGAACCAAGGUGGUGGUGGUGGUGGUGUUGAUCAGGGAAUGAGCAGUGGUGGUAUGAAGGAUAUUGCUGGACUCUACAAGAUGUUGCCACCGGUUCUUGAUACGGUUUAUGAGCAGACCGGAAUGCAGCCACCGGCUUGGAUUGGUACACUACGUGGUGCUGAGUCCAGUCAGUAACUUAAGGCUCAAUAACACAGCCGUUAAGAGUUUCAAGAGUGCUUUCUUUUCCUAUUUUAUUUUAUGGUUGUGAACUUGGAAGUCAAGUCAGUGUUUGUAAAUAAUCACAAUUUCAUCUCGCAGUCGUGGGCUGAGAAGUCAAGUCAGCGUUUGCUCUUUAAUCAAAGUGUGUUUAUUAUUUUAUUAAA